UAUUCGGCCCAUUAAUAAUGGAUCUAGUUCCUACAGCCCCCGACUCCAUUUAGAUGGAUUUCUUCCAAUUCUCUCCGACCGACCGGCAAGUCAGCUCCCCGCCGCUGCCGCCGUCGACUGUGCUCGCCGCCCUCUUUAUCAAGGAUUAGGGUUGCAGGAAUCAGAUCGAAACAUCCGUGCUGCCAAUCGAGAUAAUGUUUAUUAGAGGGGUUUCAUGGAAUAAAUUCAGGUGCAGCUCUCUGCUGCUCCACCGUUCCUAUCUGGUUUUUGCAUCUCAUUAUUCGACAGAUCAACUUGUUGUAAAUACCACAAAAAAUAAUAGUUCUACCAGCAGUGAAUGUCAUAUACUGAACCAGCUCUGUGAUAUUUUCCCCAUAUCAAUUCGCAGUCCUAGUGAUGUAGAUUCAUCUUGCAAUCUAUUGGAUGUUAGGGCUGCCGAUGAUAUUUCAGUCCGCAGCCCUAGUGAUGUGGAUUCUUCUUGCAGUGAUAUUAGGGCUGCCGAUGAUUUUCUGCCGCCUGAAGAUAAGCUGCGGGGAGUUUUUCUGCAGAAGCUCCCCGGCAAAGUUGCGAUUCAUACCGCCUUGAGCGGGGUUGGUGUAGAAUUAAAUGAUGAAGUAUUUUCUAAUGUAGUGAACAUGGGAGACUUAAGUGGUGAGGCGAUGUUAGUGUUCUUCAAUUGGGCAAUUGAGCAGCCAAAUUUGUCUAAAGGUGUUGGUGCCUUCCAUAUAGUGCUUAAAGCAUUGGGUAGGAGGAAAUCAUUUGUGCAUAUGAUGGAAUUAGUGAAAGAUAUGGGGAAGAGAGGGGUAAGCUUGAAUUCUGAGACCCUUUUCAUUGUUAUGGAUAGUUAUCUUCGCGCUCACCGUGUUUCUAAAGCUACAACAAUUUUUGGGGAGUUGGAGAAGUAUGGGUUAGAAUGCAAUAAGGAAACUCUGAGUGUUGCAUUGAAUUGCUUGUCGCAGCGAUCACAUGUAGGAACAGCAUGCUUGUUGUUUAAUAGAAUGAGAGAGAAGGUGCAGUGUGAUAGUUCGAUGUAUAAUAUUAUCAUAGGAGGAUGGUCAAAGCUUGGUAAAGUUACUGAAAUUGAGAAAUUUUUGAAGUUGAUGGUGGAUGAUGGAGUUGUGCCUAACUGUGUUACUCAUAGCUAUGUCAUUGAGGGGUUCGGCAGAGCUUGUAGAUUCGAUGAUGCGAUCAGAAUUUUCAACUACUUGGAGGAGAAAGGGAGUGCACUGAGUAGUGAGGUUUACAAUGCUAUGAUUUUCAACUGUAUUGCUAAUCACGACAUCAGUGGGGCGUUGAAAUACCACGAGGGGAUGGUGCAUGAUGGUUUUGAGCCAAGCGUGGAUACUUAUGUCAGGAUAAUACUGUAUUUCCUCAAAAGAAGAAGAGUUUCAGAUGCCAUCGAAUUGCUCGAUGUGAUGCUUGGCCGAGGCGUGAUUCCUUCAACGGGGGCUUUGACUGAGAUCUUGAAACCUUUGUGUAGCUACGGUCCGCCAUAUGCUGCAUUGAUGGUGUACAACAAGGCAAGGAAAGCAGGGUGUAGAGUGUCGAUGACGGGCUAUAAGCUGCUACUGAUGAGGCUAUCUAGGUUUGGAAAGUGUGGAAUGCUGCUGAAAAUGUGGGAGGAAAUGCAAGAAAGUGGGUAUGGUUGUGAUAUGCAGGCUUAUGAGUAUCUCGUAAAUGGUCUGUGCAACACAGGGAGGCUUGAAUCUGCAGUGCUGGUAAUGGAGGAAUGUAUUAGCAAGGGAUUAUUCCCUAGCAAAAUCAUUUCUAGCAAAUUAUAUAAUAGGUUAAUGGAUUCAAAUAAAGUGGAUGUGGCUUACAAGCUAUUUCUCAAGUUGAGAAAUGCUCGGCUAAAUGAAAAUGCCCAAAGGUAUUGGAGAGCUAAAGGUUGGCAUUUUUAAUUUAUUGUUGUGUAAUCUUCUGGAUUUGAUUGUUCAAGGUAAAUAGGAUGAAGUAAAAGCUUUGGUGAUGCCAUAUUUAGGAAUUA